GAGUAGACGUUCGAGGCCGGCAGAUCGCACGAAUUUUCGCACGCCACCCGUGUGUCGGAUACCCGUGUGGACUUUUACGCGCCGUGCUGUGCUUAAACGGCGGUGGACGGGGUGUUAACUCCAGCUCCAACUCUGCACACCACCACGUCAAACGUGGAGUGUGGAGUGUGUAAACGCGUGCGUCCGUGAGUGUGUGUGUGUGUUUGUGCGGUAUGACUAGUGCGUCCUGAAUCGAAUCAAAUUCACCACAGAGUUGCUCAGUGUUGCUAUCAUCCUGUGCUUUUUUUUUCCUCUUCCUGUGGCAUACCCGGGAAGGCAUUCAUCGGCAGGCCGAGGCAAAGUGUGAAUGUGUGAACGUACAUAUGUAGUUUUGUUGAUCGGUGCCCGUGAGUGCUGUUUGUUCCGGUUUCCGGUGAAGACAAGCGGAAAACUACAACUUCGGGGAGGGUUUUUUCCCCCAUUCCGUUUCUAUACGGGAUUUCAUUUCCAGCAAAAAGGCAUUAAAAAUCGCAGAAUUGGAUAUUGGAAGAUUCCACGCGUUGGCAGUGAUGCAAGCAACAAACCGUGGGUAAAAAAAAAUUAUUCUGUGGAGAAAGUUUAAAACCCCAAACAAGCACUCUAUCAACUGUUGUUUUGUUGUGCAAGCAGAGCAAAAAAAAACCCCGGUAACGAGUGAAAAAGUCAACCAAUGUGAAAAAGUUUGAUAAAUUACACACGUCUGUAAGAGUCCGAAGGAUGCUCACCAAUAACGGUUUUUGGGGUUGAGAUUUCAUCGUGAAAAAUUGAACAUAUAAGUGAGAAAAAUUUACAAAAAGUGCAGAGAAGAAAAAAAACAGAAGAAUACACUAAUUGUUGGUGAAUUCUAGUGGCAGUAACUACUGGUAACAAUCGAAAUUACGAUUUUUUCCGCGCCAUUCCCCAUAAAAAAGGUCUCGUAGAAUUAGUAUGGCCUAGAAGUGAGUGAAUUUUCUAACAUAAAGUUCCAUUCUCGAACGUAAAAUGGUUCGAAAAGGAAAGAAACAUGUGUAUUGGAAAGAAUUGAUUGUGCUACAAAUAUAGCUGGUGGUAACCGAUCGUAUUAAUAAAAUAAAAAAAAAAGUUCCAAAAGAUCACUUUCCAAUUGCCGCUCAAGUGUUUUGCAUGUGCACGGUUGUAUGUGUGAUUCGAAUCAAGUGUGAAUUUGUGCCAUAUAAAGCGUUUGGAGUUUAGAAAAAAAGUUACAAAACAAGAAAAUUUAACCUAUGGGAAAGUGUUAGAAGAAAACCCGUCCCCCUUCCACGAAGAAGUUUUGCUCAAGUGAUAGCAAAAAAGCAAAGAAAAAAAAACGAGUGAGAAGUGCGAAAAAGUUUUUCCACGGUGUGUGAAAAUCAAGCAGCAUACGAUUUCCUUUUGCAGCACAACCCGCGCGUGUGUUUUGUGUUGUGGAUGAUUUCUUCUUCUGCUGCUGCUGCUCCUUCUUCUGAUUUUCUUGUCCCGAUGUGUGAAGUUAAUCCAACAAUGGUCUCCCCGCAACGGGCACAUAUGUAAACAAAAGCGCCAAAUUGAGCAGUCACGAAACGGAAAAACGAGUUCCCGCGCGCGGCUGCAACUGGUGGAAAACGCAAAAGGAAGAAAAUAAAAAAAAACCGAAAAGAGAAAAGCUAGAACGUGCAGCAAGUGUAAAUCAACAAAUCGCAGCAACAACAACAACAAAAAGUGAUUGCAUACGAUCGUUAUUAAUACAUCUCGAUGAUUGUUCGAGUUUUGUAAUGCAUCCAUCGCUGCAGGGAAGCAAAGUUUUAGUGAACGGUGCGAGCCACUAAAUACGUCACGUGAAGUUAAAUUAUUUUGCGGCUGUUUCGGGUGCGUUCGUUUUUUUUUUAUUUUGGUCGUGUCCGUGCGUGUGUCAGUGAGCAAUACAGCAAAAGGAGCCCAACCUGGAGCCAUUUGUUUUCGUUGUUAUUUUUGUUUGUUGUGUAUAAAAAAGGCAGUGUUUGUAGGAGCGCAAAUAGUUGUUGAAGAGAAUCCAGAAGUAUUAUUUGGCCUUGAUUGCCUCUACCCAAGUGUGCAAAAGGUGGUGCAGAUGCUGAAUGCACGCACGCGAAUGUGUCUCUAGUGUGCGAAAAGCUUGUUGCUACACUUGAUUUGUGUUGUGUGCGAGUGCGUUACCAAAGGAUCAAGUUACCACCUCUCCCCUACAGAACGCCCAACGAUGGAUAUACUGCCGAGUGGAAGCAUUUUCCGGGAACUUCAAAUCAUCCAUGAAACAGGAUGCUUUUCGUCCGAGUCCUCCUUCGAGGAUCAAUGGCAACAGACCUGCUACGAAAUGGAGCGAUACCUGAAGGAUGAACCGAAGUUGCAGAAAUAUAAAAAACUUCCAACCGACACACCCUGGGACCUGUUUGCGGCACCCGUGUCACUACCCGGGUCGUGGAAGGUUGAGGUAGAACCGUACUGUUUCGACGAGCUCAACCUGAACGAUCGUGCAUCGGACUCACGAUCCGAAUCAUCAUCGUCCUCAUCCUCCUCAUCGUCCUCCUCCUCCGAUGGAUUGUUACCACCCUCAUCCGCUGGGAACCCGUGGCAAAGUGGAGGUACCAGUCUGCUCAGUUGUGCGGUAAUGGUGAAAAAAGAACCGAUCGACGAUCCGGACGAAGAUCCCGAAUCUGACAGUCAAGAUGAGCGAAGCGACAAGUAUAGCAGUGCGGCGAACCGAGCAAAUCCCACCACGGAACUAGCGAAUCGAGGUAGCAGUAAUCAUCAUCACCAUCAUCACCAUCAUCAUACCAGCAGUCACCACAGUCUUCAUCACAGCCAUCAUCGUCAGGCGAGCGGGAUCGAGCUGCGGCUCGUAGCGCGAACGACCAGCAAUGCGAACGAUCUGCUACCGACGCUAACGCCACCCUCAUCGCCCGAGUCACAUCUCAGCAAGGACAACUCGAACACCUCCACGACGACCGGUAGCAGCGGUACCACCAACACCUCCAACACUGGUAACAGCUUAACGAGCGCAACAACGCUGACCACGAUCAAGAAGGAACCUGCGUCCGAGAUUGCACUGCUCGAUCGGCAGGGUGGUCAGAUACUGCGCGUUUCGGCCGGUCCACACGUGGUACGGUUGACGACCGGGGUGGCCGGUGCGAAUGGGAAGAAUGUUGUGACGGGAGUCACGCGUGUGAUACAGGUCAGUCCUCAGCUGCAUGCGGCUAUUGCGCACCGUAACUCAUCCGCCUCACCAAAUGUAACAGCACAACCAAGCUCGAAACAUCACCACCGGCAACAGGAUCACAGUCCGGAUGCGAAACGAAGGAUACACAAGUGUCAAUUUCUCGGCUGCAAAAAGGUUUACACGAAAAGCUCCCAUCUGAAGGCGCACCAGCGAACGCAUACAGGAGAAAAACCGUACAAGUGUUCGUGGGAAGGAUGCGAGUGGCGUUUUGCCCGAAGUGACGAACUAACACGCCACUAUCGGAAGCAUACAGGGGCAAAACCCUUCAAGUGUCGGCACUGUGAUCGAUGCUUUUCGCGUUCCGAUCAUUUAGCGCUGCACAUGAAACGGCACGCCUAAGCAGCCGAGACGACAGGUCGAAGACACAACGAGAAGAGCUUUACAUACGUCGAGGUCGAAGGUCAUCGUUUUUUGUCGACGAUGCUGGUACACGAACCAUCGGGGUAGGGUGUAUCAUUGGGACGAGUUGGGGCAGCAUGCCCUCGGUAAGUGGAGAGGUUUUUAAAUAAAAUAAAGUGACGAUAGCAAAACAACAAACAAAAAAACAUAACUGUGAAUAGAAAAUGUAGGAAAAUGAAACUGGGAAAACUAACACUAGCCGAAAGCAAACGUAGCAAAAGUCUCACAAAGAGCUAGGGAAAUAGAAAGCAAAAUGGAAAAUGAAAACAGGCCAACAUGGCAAACAGCUGUAAACGAAUGUAAGGCAUACGGCCGAAGCUAAACACAAACUUCACAGUGUAUGAAGAGAGAAUAGUUUUCCCUUCCCUUGUCCUCAAGUCAUCCCGCCCCUCUCUUGCUCAUUAUAAUCAUCAUCGUAUAGCACCUAUUAUUGUUAUAUAGCUCUAAAGCGCUGUCAGCGUAACCGUAUGACCGUCUUGCUAUGCUUUCGUUCAUUGUUUUGUGCACGUCUAUCCAGUACCAUACACCUCACCCCGUGUGUAAUGGCCCCUGGGAGGCUAAAUUUGAAAACUCGAAUUUUUGUGGAAAAUCAAUUUUAAGGGAAAUGGAACAAUACCAACAACAAUGUUGCCAUGAAAAAGCAUUAGAAAACAAACUAGAAACCAAAAACAAAGACAACAAGUCAAAGAAACAAACCACACACACACUCUCAAGCAAACAUCCGUUCACGUAAACUCAGUGGAAAACGUAGAAAAUAACAAGAGAGAAAAAAAAGAAAUACCGCGCCAAUAGUUCAUUUUCAGUUCCAAGACAGUGUCUAAUGCCAGCAUUCGAAAACCAGCCACAGACUCACAGAUUUAAAUGUAAGAAAAAGAUAAAAACGAGAGCCGGAAAAAAACCGUGCAAAACAGUAAAUGUUUUCUAUUAAGUUAGAGUUAAGGUUUCUUUUAAGUUACCCAUUUUAAAAUGUGUUCAGGAGUAUUUUUUUUGUUACAUUAAUACCAUUGUAUUGUUAAGAAUUUACAUGUUUCUUUGCAUGAUUUAUGUAGGAUGUUUUGUACGUUGCAUAUGUUUUUGUUUCUUUAAUUUUUCAUUUGUUUUAGUUAAUUCGUUUACUUCAUUUCUAAUAUUUCUUCAAAGUUUAACAUUCGUUUAUGCGUGUAUGUUAGAUUUUUAUUUGUUUAUGCCCCACAAUGAACCAGCAUGAAAAGUGACAUCUUUUUUUCGCAAUGGUGAAUGACACACGGCAAAAGGAUGAGUAUUUUCUAGUUGAUGUAAAAUUUAGUUUGUUUUUUUUUUUUAAGAAAUGUUUGUUUAGUACAGGCUGGCAUAGCUUUUAUUUAUUUGUUAGCUUUUCUUUUGUUUUUUUUUAUUAUGUUCAUUUUCCAUUUUACAUCACUUUAGUCGGUUUAGGAUAUAAGAUUUAUUUCCUCGUAAGUUUCAACAUUUUUAUUACUUUCAUAAACACGUGGCCAUUAAAAGUUUAUAUUUAAGUUUUAAGCAAACAUUAUCGUUUAACAUUCUUCCAUUCUUAUAAACAAAAAAAAAGCACAUCUUUGUGUCGGGAUGAAGCAGAAACAAAAAAGUAAAAGAAAAAACAAAACACGUUCAGAGAGUAAAAGAUAAAAGAAAGAACAAACAUCACUGCCAACACAGAAAAUACCGUAGCCAAGUGCGUAACGUGCGUGACUUUGAAGUGCAGGGACUGCUGGGAAAAUUGUAUGCGUUAAGUGAAGAAAGAGGAAAAACAAACAAAAAGAAAUUUUUCAUUCUUACAAAUGUUUCUUAAAAAAAACCAACAGAUUUAUUCCAUUCCCAUUAUCCUUCCACAUUAAUCAAAUCAUUCACCCGGGAAACAAAUUUAUCGUUCAUUGUUGCUUCACGCAAAUUGUUUCAACGUUUUGCGAAACAAACACAUAUUGAGUGGUUAUUUGUUUUUACAUCACUAUUCGCGAAUUUUUCAUUGCGAUAUAUGUAAUAUUGUACAAUGGCAAGUGACUAGCAUGAGUUAAUUCGUUACUAAACGUGCUAAGUAAGUAUAUGUGCUUUUCGUAAUGCUUCCCGCAACGGAAACGAAUCAUUCACAAUUCAGUGUUUAUAAAUGUUAUUAUAAUAAUCAAACACUUUAUUGCAAGAGAAGAAAAAGAAAUACAUUCUAUAUCUACGGCUUAGCUUUGGGUUACAUGUACAGAGGGAAAGAGAGACAAUUGUAAAAUUACACUACUUCAGUUUAUCUGCAAAAAUUGCGGAUCGGCAAACUUUGUUCGAUUGUAAGCUUUAUAUCGGACGCGACGAGAACGCUUCUCGCACAUCCAAUUCCGUGAAACUAAGCAACACUGCUCGACAUUUGCAAACACGCGAAAAUGCAUUCUUAUACAACACUAUUUUCCAUUUACACGUUAUUAUCACACUAAGCGUAAAAGCAAACGAUUCAUGUAUGGUUCUUGUAUCUGAAUGACAGUUCUGCUAAUUAAAUCAGAUUUUCACAAAAAAAAACACACAAAUACAUCCAAAAGUCAUCAGUAUUUGAUUUAGCGGUAAUUUAAAUACGAAAGAAUGGAAAAUAAUGGUAUAAAACUUUUCCAGCAAAAAAAAAGCGUACGGGCGCGUGUGAGAAAAAAAAACAACUUUUGAUACGAUAGCAUAAUUCCGAAAUGACACGGCUGUAUUUAAAACCAAUCAUUCAAACGAAGUGAGCACAAAGUAAAGACGAUCAUAUGAAACAACCCAACCACUAUCUUAAGCAAGCCAAACAAAGCAGUAAAAAGGUGAAACAUCAACAGCAAAAACAAAAAAUCAUUCGAUCACAAAAAUAUCAUGUUAAGCAUGAAACAUAAUAAAGUAAACUAAACAAGAAAAGUAAACAAUACAACAUUCGUACACACACGGAAAAGAAACAACAGAACAGAAAGCUUAAACGAAAACAAAUAAAUUUCACCCAUCAUCCAGUCGUAACCCAUUUUAGAGAAAAUUUUAGAAUAAUUCUGAACGAUUUAGUAAAAUGGUGAAGUAAAACACAGCAAAAAAAACAGCUAGCCAGAGAUGUAAACUAGACUUAGGCAACAAACAAGCAAAACCACACUCACAAAUCACUCAUACCGUAAAUGCGCGACCUGUGUGCAAAAGGGAGAAAGAAGCCGGCGAAUACGUCAAAAAAAAAAACAACAACAGUGAAAAAAACAUGUGUCAAAAAUAGUAUUAAUCAAAGACUGGAUAAAUUUUUAACGUGUAUUUUAAAGCAAAAAGGAAAAAAUAAAAAAACGAAUGUAUAAACACAACACACACACACACACACACACACACACACACACACACAAAAAGCAUUACAACUACGGAACGAUAAAUUGGCACGCGUAAAUGCAAUAGGGCGGUGCAGUAUUGUGAUGGAGGCGCAUGAAUUUGUAGUUUUAGUUCAUUUCUCUCGCGUAAAGACGUCAAGUAGGAGUGCGUGUGUGUGUGAUUGAAAUGGAUAAUAGAAGAAGGAUUCUGUCUUUCGCUCUCUUUCUCGUUUUCUCGAUAAAAAAGAAGAAUAGAGCCCCAAUUCAUUCGCUCACAGCGUGAGUGUUCAUUUGCAAUUUGGUCCAUUACACACUUUAUAAUUUGAUUCCAAUUUUGGAUUUUUCAAUCAGCUUUUAUGACGAUACCUAAUAUGACGAUACCGAAAGAUAUUGAAACUUUUUUUAUAUACUAUAUAUAAUAUAUAAAAGUAUAUUCGAAAUGAUCAUUAACAUAUUAUUUGUACACUUUGGUUAUGAGAUCUUAAUACGUUGGUAUUCCAUCUAACAAAUAUGUAUAAUUCCGUAAUUUAUGGAAUUUUGACAUAUUCAAUCAAUCAUGAGCUGCCAACGGAUGAAUGGGACUGCUAUUUUGACUUUUUACUGUUUAUUCAUUUAAUUUUCCUUUCCGUUAGCAUACGGUAAUCGUUUGAAAAUUGUCAUUUGUUUUAAAAAUUUGUUAAAAUAAUUCAAACAAUGGAAUGGUGCAAAGAAAAUCAAAACAGUUAAAAACAAAACAAAUAAUUAAACCACUCACACACUAAUGUUAGAACACACACACAGACAGUUGGAUCGGAAUGUGGAUAGGGAAGAGUGGGCGAUAUCGAUAGUAUUAGUGAGUGUAGUAGCUAGCAGUAGCUUCGAAAACCGUCAGCCAGCGAAAGCAGUAGGCAAAGAGUGCAGAGUUUAGAUAAGAUUGAAUAUUAUAUAUAUACAUAUAAAUGGAUAUAUAUAUUUUUUAAACACAUUUUUUUCCCCCAAAAACAAAUGUUAGUGUGAAAGCAAAACAUUGGAAACGUGAUUGAGCCAAACCACUUUGCACAAAAGCAGCACCUAGCAGCAACGUACGGUAAACUAUGUAAGGUAAAUAACGGCAAACAAAGCAAACCAUUGGUGAGUGUUUUCGUUCACUUGCAUGUUCCCACAAGGCACAAACCACAAUAAGCAAUAGACACUGAGGGUAACAAACGUUGUUCAGCCAUUUAAGUUUAGAGAGAGGUUUCAGUUUCCGACUUUUUGGUUUCUUACUCUUUGCGUACCUACGCCCGACAUAAAGCACAAGCAGCGUACAUCGAAUCAGAAGUGAUUUUAUUACGGUGACAAACAAAAACGCACAAAACAAAGCACACACACACACUCCCGCCAAGUUACAAGCUAAUACCACCAAUAAAAAAAACAAAAAUUAAAUUUAAUAAAACCCUGUGAACGUAUUUUUGUAAGCAAAUUAAAAGGACGUUUCGAAUCGAGUGUGUGUGUGUGUGUUGUGACAAGUGAAAAGAUGAAGUGUUUGUGUCGACAUCAGUGCAAGAUGUAAAACUAUCAAUAGAGAUGACGAGAGGAAAAUUAAAAGUAAAAGAAAACCUAAAGAAAGUGAGAACAGUGUGAGCUAUUUGAAAAGCAAAUACAAUAAAUGAAACAAAAGAAACGAAUUUUAUACAGCCACAAUAGAGGAACGUGAAGAGUUGAGCUGAAAAACAAAUCAGAAAAUACCACUGCGUUCAAUUGCUCAAAAAUUAUUGGCAAAAGAAGAAAAAAAAGAAACGUUUUUGGGAGAAGAAUUUGAUAAAAAAAAAACGAAAGAAUAAAAAACGCCACUCACGCAUACAAACAAGGAAAAAUUGUAAAGAAUAUCCACAACCACCAUAAGCUGCAUAGGCGAAGCCUACAGAGGAAAAAUGGGGCAUAAAAAAUUGGGAUAGAAAAUAUAUUUCUACUACAGCACAACACACGUUCAUGUGUGUGUGUGGAUGGGCGCGUGUGAUUGUAAGUGUGUGAAACAUUUGGAACCCUUAUACAAGAGAGACAAAAAAAACACAAACAAAACGUAAAAAUUGGUAAACAAGUGAGCCAAAGUGAAUGGAAGUGAGUGAGAAUACAAGGAAACAAGGAUAUACAGACCAGUGGAAGCAUAAAACAAAGGCAAAGCUAGCAAAAGAUACAAUGGAAAGUGAAACAUCUUUAAAAUAUAAUUCACAUUUAACUCAUCCGUUGCGCUUCUUCGACAUAGUGGGUAAACGAUUUGUUUAAAACUUAUCGUAGUAGUAGAAGAAAAACGAUAUAAGCAAAAACUAAACCACACAAAACCAUAUCAGUUUAACUCGUGGACAGGUGUUUCAAUUGUUUGGAUCGUUAUGUUUCAAUAUAGUUAAACGGAAACACAGGAGGAACAUAAUUAACAAUCCUCCAUCUCUUUCUAUUCUUCUCUCUAUGCUGUGCUUGACACAGAUUAUAAUGCAAAAGGAAAAAAAAAUCUGAUGAAAAUUUUAUUCAAAAUUUAAAACAAAAACUCUAUUGAAAUUCAAUAUUAAACGUGUUGGUUAUGUAGAUAAUUUUCGGUAUAUGUGUAUGUGUGAAUGUUUUAUAAAGUUAAUUUAUAAACAACAACAACAACAAAAAACUAAAGCAUUCCUCUCUAAUGCACACAUUUUACUUGCUUUCAUGUGCAAAAUUACCAUUUCGAGAAGGAAAUAUAUUAGAGCACAAAUAAAUUAUAUCUAACGUAAUAAAAAAAACAA